CGUAUUUUCAAAAUGGAGGAAACGCAAACAUUUUGGAGGGGAUUGUAUUCUUAUUAUUUCUGCCUGCUACACAAUGAGGAUAUCAUCCCAUGACCCUUUUUCCUACAGAUAUAUUUGUAUUCAUUAACUCUCUGACAGUACCAUAGAAAAACACAAAGAUGAGUACGUCCAUUGGCGAUAAAAUAGAGGACUUCAAGGUCCUCACCCUGCUCGGGAAGGGCUCGUUCGCCUGCGUGUACCGGGCCAAGUCCGUCAACACGUCCAUGGAGGUGGCGAUUAAGACGAUUGACAAGAAGGCGAUGCACAAGGCGGGCAUGGUGCAGCGCGUCAUCAACGAGGUGGAGAUCCAGUGCCGGCUCAAGCACCCCUCCAUCCUGGAGCUGUAUAACUACUUUGAGGACAGUAAUUACGUGUAUCUGGUGCUGGAGAUGUGUCAUAAUGGGGAGAUGAGCCGCUACCUCAAGGACCGCAACAAGCCCUUCUCAGAGGACGAAGCGCGGCACUUCAUGCAGCAGAUUGUGCGGGGUCUGCUGUACCUGCACACACACGGCAUCCUGCACCGAGACCUGACGCUCUCCAACCUGCUGCUCAGCUCCUCCAUGAACCUCAAGAUCGCCGACUUCGGCCUGGCCACGCAGCUCAGUGUUCCGGAGGAGAAGCACUUCACGAUGUGCGGCACGCCCAACUACAUCUCCCCGGAGGUGGCUACGCGCAGCGCGCACGGUCUGGAGUCGGACGUGUGGUCGCUGGGCUGCAUGUUCUACGCCUUCCUGACGGGCCGGCCGCCGUUCGACACGGACACGGUGAAGCGCACGCUGAGCAGGGUGGUGCUCGCCGACUACGCCAUGCCCCCCCACGCCUCGCCCCAGGCGCGCCACCUGAUUGGCCAGCUGCUGCAGAGGGACCCCGCGCAGCGCCCCAGCCUGUCGGCCGUACUGGACCACCCCUUCAUGACGGGGGGCGGAGCCAGGGGGCCCGGCCGGGAGCUGGGGGCGGGGCUAGGCGGCUCCAUGGACAGCGGCAUCGCGACGCUCUCCACCUCCUCACACACACACGCCACACACACCUCACACACGCACGCCACACACACGCACGCCUCACACACACACGCCUCACACACCUCCGCCCCCACCGGCAGCCGUCUGCACCGCAAGGCCCGGCACCUGAUUGGUCAGGCUCUGCCCAAUCGCAUGGCUCCUGUAGCUGGCCAGCCACGCCCCCCCACGGACCGGUCCAAUCAGGAGGAGCCGUGGCUGCAGCCGGCGGGUGGGCGGGGCUCCAGAGCUGAGAGCCGAUUGGUCGAUCAGCCGCACUCCCGCUACCUGAGGCGGGCGCACUCCUCGGAACGGCCCAAUCACAGAGCAGCUCACGGCACAGAGGCGGGGCUAGAGAGGUGUCACUCAGACGAGAUGCUUCCUGUGUCGGGGAAGAGUAGCCUCUCGCUGACGUCCAGUUACCAGGACCAUCACCAUGGUUACAGCGACCGCCGGCGACAGCCUUCGCCCCCAGUUAAAGAGCCAGCCAACUGCUCAAACUCAGGACACCAGAUGGACACGGACACACAACACUGGUUCCCCGAGGGACCCUUUAAGAAGUGUGUAGACAGCAGUUCCCACAGCAGCAGUGGUAGUUUCCACGGAGCUUCCUGGCCUGUUGCACACACUCACACUCACACACACUCACACACACUCCCAGAGCCCCAUAUGGACCCCCCCGCCCCCCUCAAACCCCCCCUGGACCCCCCCGCCCCCCAGCACACACACACACACUCACACACACACACACCCGCCCCCCAGAAGAGCCGCAAGAUCCAGCUUCUCCCCCUCGACACAGCGCGCCUCAAACCCAUCCGGCAGAAGACCAAGAACGCGGUGGUGAGCAUCCUGGACUCUGGUGAAGUGUGUAUGGAGCUUCUGAAGGGUCUCGGCUCUCAAGAACGUGUUAAAGAAGUGCUGCGCAUCUCUAGCGAUGGAGCAAUGGUUACCAUCUAUCAGCCAAAUGAUGGACGCGGCUUUCCUGUCCUCGACCAGCCGCCCUCCCCGCCUGAAGAUAUCCUCAUCUGCAGCCUACAGGACCUGCCAGAGAAGUACUGGAGGAAGUACCAGUACGCCACUAAGUUUGUGCAGCUGGUGAAGUCCAAGACGCCCAAAGUGACGCUGUACACCAGCUACGGCAAGUGCAUGCUGAUGGAGAACUCCCCCAGUGCUGACCUGGAGACCUGCUUCUACGAUGGGGCUAAGACGCACAGGACAGCAGAGCUGCAGCGUGUGGUGGAGAAGAGCGGCAAGUCGUACACGGUGAAGGGGGAGGCGGGGCUUAACGGCCUGAGCCCCGAGAGCAGGCGCUACGUGGAGCUGGCAGAGGAGGGCCACAGGAUGUGUGUGUCUCUGGAGGCAGCUAUCAGUGCAGAGGAGCAGCGCAGUGGGAAGAACACUCCCUUCUUCCCUAUCACCAUCGGCAGGAAACCCACUGGCUCCUCCCAGACGGCACCUGCUGAAGUAGCUCAGGUGUGUGUGAGCCCGCCUCAGCCCCAUAUCACACCGUCUAUGAUCUCGUAUGGAGGGUCGGACCUGACGGCGGUGAGUUUGGGGAAGAGCGCCGCCCUGCAGGCCAGCAGCAGCAGCGCAGGCAAAGUGCUCAAGUCCGUCUUCGUACCAAACAUCGGCUGGGCCUCACAGCUGACUAGUGGAGAGGUGUGGGUCCAGUUCAAUGACGGAUCUCAGCUGGUGGUUCAGGCUGGAGUCUCCUGCAUUACGUUCACAUCAGCAGAGGGACGCACCACCAGGUACCAGGAGGAUGAGAAGCUGCCGGAGGUGGUGAAGGAGAAGCUGCAGUGUCUGUCCUCCAUCCUGGGCCUCCUUGCUGGCCCUUCCCCCCGCCGCUAGACGCCAUCCCAUCAUCUCGUCUCCAUGCCAACCCUGCCUCUCUGCGCUGGACUCCGUGUGUUUGGGUCAACGUCGCCAUGGUGCUGGGCUCCGUGUCCCUCUCAUCAUAACCCCGCCCUCUCCUGAUAAACCCCGCCCUCUGUUGAUAAACCACGCCCUCUGUUGAUAAACCCCGCCCCUCUAAGCACUUCCACUUCCUGGUGCCCUGUACGUCUUUAUGAAAUGUUUGUCUGUAAAUAUUUUUAAAACACACUUGUACAGAAAUUGUUCAAUUAUGAAAAGAGUAUCUAUAUUUUUAAGCCUUUGUGUUGUACAUUCACCUGUCCUGUGUACUAUGGGGUUGUGUAUGUGUGUUGUACAGUCAUCUGUCCUGUGUACUGUGGGGUUGUGUAUGUGUGUUGUACAGUCAUCUGUCCUGUGUACUGUGUGUGUGUGUGUGUGUGUGUGUGUGUGUGUGUGUGUGUGUGUGUGUGUGCAGCAGGGUUCACGAG